CGGUUAGAUAGGAUGGCGGAAGGUCACGGCGUAUUUCAACUCGCAUCCUCGUCGUCCCGUACGAGUUUUUGAUGCGAGCAAGUGUUUCGAAAGAGUCAUGAAGUGUCGAAAAUUAACUAAAGUAUCGGAUAUUCGUGCCAACAUUCGUCGUGUCGGAUACGAUGCAUGGUCCGAAGUCGUAGUGUCGCAUUCAAUCGUAUUUCGCAUCUUCUCUAUUGCUUCGUGUUCCGAGUUUUAAACGCGUGAGUACCGGGAUUAUUUCGAGAGUGCCGAAAACGAAGGAUCGCGUGUUCGUGCCAAGUGUGAAUCAAAACGAAUCGUCGUGAGGAGGAUUUUGAAUCUCGAAUGUUCGAGAGCUGCAGCCGAGACAGAGAUGAACCAGCUGGACGGAUGCAGCGGCAAACGAGCGAGCUCGAGUACGACGGCUGGUUACAGUUGAGGUUAUGGCACGCGUUCAACGACGACCCAGUGCCUGUGUUCACGGAACGAGGCAAUGUCACGGUGUCCAGCGUGCGAAGCGGCGCAUCCGUCGUUGGGCAAAACGGUCUGCUACCGGCCCAGAUUAGUGCCCUGAAGAAUCUUGCCGAACACGACGGCAAGUACAGGCUGAAGGCGCUGGCUCGUAUCUCCUCUGGCAGCGAAAUCGUGUUCCUCACCUCGGUGCCAGCGUGUUAUCUGCUUGGAUCAGAUCUAGAAGAUGUCAUAACGAUAUGGUUAGAUAGUACAGCAGAGCCAAUAGCUGUGAGCAUUUCAUCCUCGGGACCUUGUAUGGUAGAUAAUCCCUUCACAAAUAUGUGGACUACCAAUGUUGUGGUCAGAUAUCCAGAUGGUGGUCCAAUUCCCGACACCGCAACGUAUAUUCAAAAACUUGAACGAGAACGGGAAGCGAGGGAGAGAGGAGAAACUAAAGAUAAUCGUUCAUUUCUUGCGAAAUAUUGGAUGUACAUUGUUCCUUUCUUGAUUUUUUUGUUGCUGUCAUCCGCGACGAAUCCAGAAGCUGGCGGAAGUGCACAAAGACAAUGAUUUUUUAAUUAAAAUAAUUUGUGCCUGCGUGUGCAUUGUAUUCCAAAAAGUGGUUUCGUGGAAAUUGUCCAAAUUUAUAGUAUAAUUUCAUCAUGUGAUAGAAAUAAUAUUAAUAAUAAUUUUAAAUAUUAUAAUAAUAAUAAUAAUAAUAAUAAUGAGUAAGACCGUGAACAACAAAUAAGUGAAGAAGAAUAACAUUUUUUGCUCAAAGCGGAUCUUGUCUAAUAAUAUUUUUGCUUGUUAAUAUAUAAUAAUAAUUAUUUUACAAUUUUUAGUUUUUACAAAUUGCAUGUUUAUUAUUUGUCGAUCUUAAAACGCUUGAUAUAAUUGAUAUUGCGAUAAAUCGUAGUGAUCGAAAAAAAAUACCUGUUACAAAAUAUAGAAAGAACCAGUUUUAAACACUGAUAUUUUUUGCAAUAAAUGCUUUAGUAUUUUAAGAUGUUUUUUAAUAUCGGUAUUAUUAAAUUGUUUAUCAAUUUAAUUUGUGAUAUAUUACGCGUACUUCAGUUUAGAACUGUGUUUAAGACUGAUAAAUAAUCGGUUAAAAUCAAGUUGUAAAAACUGAAAGUUGUAAAAUUUACGCAAAACUAUUAUAAGGCAUCAAGAUCCAUUUUGAUCGGAAAAUGGCAUUUUACUCUUAUUUGUGUUAUAAAUAUUAUUACAUAAUAUAUAUAAUUACCUUUCUGCUAAAAUAAAUGUAAUUAUUAAAUUGGA